AAAAAUAAAUCAUCCAUUUCCCUGUGUUCUUCCCUUCCCUCAGCCCGUCGCUUUGUGCCUGCACGCUGCUAGCUCACCAUGUAACUUUAAAUAUUUAAUACUUUGUUUUUUUUUAUGGUUGAGGCGCAUUUCCUCUCGCUGUCAGUGGAGGGGACUGCUACAGCCAUGGCCUCCUUCUCCUCCGCUUAUAGCGGAUCGCACACCUUGAGCAAGGAUGAUGUGAACUACAGGAUGCAUUUCCGAAUGAUCAACGAGCAGCAGGUUGAAGACAUCACCAUCGAGUUCUUCUACAAGCCCCACACCAUCACGCUGCUGACGGGCACCGUGCUCAGUUUGAUGUACUUCGCCUUCACGAGAGAUGAUGGGGAUCCUGACAGUAAUGUCUGGGUGGGGCUCAUUCUGGUCAUCUCCUUCUUCCUCGUCAUCAGUGUUUUGGCAUUUCCAAAUGGUCCAUUCACCAGACCACACCCAGCCAUAUGGAGAAUAGUGUUCGGUUUGAGCGUGCUCUACUUCCUGUUCCUGGUUUUCAUCAUCUUCCUCAACUGGCAGCAGGUGAAGCAGCUCAUGUUCUGGUUGGACCCAAACUUGCGUUACGCCAAGCGCGAGGCGGAUAUAAUGGAAUAUGCUGUGAACUGCCACGACAUCACCUGGGAGAGAAUCCUGAGCCACUUUGACAUUUUUGCCUUCAGCCAUUUUUGGGGUUGGGGUAUGAAGGCCCUCCUCAUCCGGAGCUACGGCCUCUGCUGGACCAUCAGUAUUACCUGGGAGCUCACUGAGCUGUUCUUCAUGCACCUGCUGCCGAACUUCGCAGAGUGCUGGUGGGACCAAGUCAUUCUGGAUAUUCUGCUGUGCAACGGAGGCGGCAUCUGGCUCGGCAUGACCGUCUGCCGCUUUUUGGAGAUGAGGACGUACCACUGGGCCAGCAUAAAAGACAUCCACACCACCACGGGGAAGAUCAAGCGAGCCGUGCUGCAGUUCACCCCCGCCAGCUGGAUGUACGUGCGCUGGCUCGACCCGAAGUCGUCCGUGCAGCGAGUGAUGGGCGUCUAUCUGUUCAUGAUCAUCUGGCAGCUGACAGAACUGAACACGUUUUUCCUCAAACACAUCUUCGUGUUUCCGGCGAGCCACGCCCUCAGCUGGUGUCGCAUCCUGUUCAUCGGCAUCAUCACCGCUCCGACAGUCAGGCAGUAUUACGCAUACCUGACAGACACACAGUGUAAGAGGGUCGGGAUGCAGUGCUGGGUGUUUGGGGCGAUAGCCUUUCUGGAGGCGCUGGCUUGUAUAAAGUUUGGACAGGAUUUGUUCUCAAAAACACAGAUCCUCUACGUGAUCCUCUGGCUUUUGUGUUUGGCCUUCAUCACCUUCCUGUGUCUGUAUGGAAUGGUGUGGUGUGCAGAAACGUACGGUCCGAGACAAAAGAGCCUCUCAGAAUGCGAGGACAGUAAUUACACGGAGUCUCCUGACAAAACGCCGGAGGAGUUUAAAGACGACACGGACGUAAACGGCGACAGUCCCACAACCAGACAGAGAGUGAAAGUCUCGGGGACGAACAGUUCCAUCAACGGUCGUGACGGCCAGUAGGAACGGCAUCCAGAGGAGGCCGCCGGCGACUUCUGGACUCGCUCUAAAAGUGUUGUGGGGAGUGGUUAGAACUGCAAACGCUUCAUGUUUGUAAUUAAGAGCCACAGAAGCCAACAGGGUGGAUGAACGGGUCCAUGAGGUGUUGUUAGUGAAGCUCAAACUGCAGAAGGUGCUCGCUGAAGUGUUAAAAAGCUCCUAAAGCCACUAAUCACAGGUUUGUCUGAGAGUGAAAGGUCGUGUGAGUGCGCGAGAUUAAAGGCUGAUUUUAAAUGUGACUGCAUGCUCAUAAUCGUUUCUAAUGAACAGUAUCAUUUAUGACUGAACUGCCCGAACUCCUGUACAGCACGAGGAGACACGUUGUACCGUCAAAAAGCCGUUGUGUUGAUCACUUUUAUCAAAACUUGUAUCGCUGUAGAACGGUUAAAUCUUUUGAUACAAACAUCACUUGGUGAUCUUUGUGCAUCACAAAUGUUUUAUGUCCUGUUUUUAAAACUUGAAUGUUGGCAGAAUUUCAAUGCAAGACGGCUUUACUUUACCGGGAUCUUCGGCGGAAGUCCGAUUUGUCACGAAGCACACGGUGAAAGCACUUUGCAGGACGUUUUCCUCGAGGAAUACUGUGCAUUUUUGUGAUGUUCAAGUAUUAAUGUGAAUCAUUGUGACUUUACUUCCUGUCCAUCUGUGGCAAAUAUUGUUUUUUUUUAAAUAUUUUUUAUUUGAAUGUGCUGACAAGACGGGGGCAUUAUCCAAAAUUUCUGCACGUUCUUGUUGCGUUUCUUGCUUCUGCACGGCUGCCCAGUCAACAGUUUGGAUGAAGGAACGUGUUGCGGCACCGUUAUUUAACCUGCACCUCAGACGUGAACACAAGUGUUUCUGUUCGUUGUAAUAUUUCAAUUCACGCCUUGUGCCUGUUUGCAUGGAACAUUUCUCUGUCUGUAUUACGGCUAAACUAGGUCUCACCUCGAGUGCUUUACUGCGGGUUUAUCGUACCGACUUUUAGCUAUCUCCUACGUAAUCCUCGACAAUCCAAACGCAGAACUCUAAAAUCUGGAUUAGACGUUAUAAAAAGGUACACUGCCUCUGGAUUUAGAUGUCAU